CGCGGGGCGGGGCGGCCGUUACAUAAGGCUAAUUAUAGCAGCACCGUCGGCCGCCGCUCGCAAUCGUUGGAAGACAUGAGACUCGCUUGAAUCGUCUUGGCCCCGCUCUGGGAGCAGGAGUGGGGGCGGAUCCGGAUCCGCAAUGGCCGUGAGCCCCAGGCCGAGCUCGGCGAUCGCUUGCCUGCUUCUGCUGCUGUUGGAGAGUACAGCAGCCAAGAAGUACUGCUGGUAUGUGGAUGCAGGAUAUCCCACUUAUUUUAUAUGCCGUGCAUAUGAAGAUUGUUGUGGUACAAGAUGCUGCAUGCGAGCAUUCUCUAUUCAACGAUUAUGGUAUUUUUGGUUUCUUUUAAUGAUGGGUGUCCUAUUUUGUUGUGGAGCUGGUUUCUUUAUCCGAAGGCGAUUGCAUCCUCCGCAAAUGACUGAUGAACCUCCCUUUACAGUGGGUUUCACCAGGCAGCCUGUUAACACAACUGGAUGUCAGACCACAGCAAAUACUCAGGGUGGAAUGCAAUAUUAUACAGAACCUGGAGCACCUGUUGUUAAUCCCAUUGCAUCAACUUUUCAAAUCCAGCCAAACUUUCCUCUUCUCAACCCAGCCUACCCACCCCCGCCAGCAUACUGCAAUCAGCCACCCCCACCCUAUGAGCAAGUUGUAAAAACCACAAAUAAGGAAGCAGAAAGAUAAAUGUUGGAUAUCGGCAGAAGUAGACGGGCCGACUUUUCUUUUUAGAGACAGACUGGAGAGCUGCAAAUCUUCAGUGAUAUUUCGCUUGACCUGUGUAUAUCCUAGGAAUCGUAUUUAGCUCUGAUGCUUUUGAUAGUUUAAUGAACUUAAGCAUGUAUGAUCAGGCUUUGUAGGAAAUUAUAUGUUUUAUUGAAUAUCUGAAAAAUUUAAGUUGGAAGAUCUGUGUAAGGCAAUUACACAUCAAAUUCUGAAGAGAUUGCAUAAAAAGCUAUUCGAUCAUGGUUACAAAUAAAUUGUUUUUGUCUUAAAUCUUUGACAAUUUUGGUCAGAUUAAAAUGGAAAAAUCCUUCUCAGUUAAUUGGACGUGUUGAUAUUACAGUUAGCUAAUAUGAAGACAUUUAAUUUUUAUGAUAAAUGGUGAUAACCAAAUAAUGUCCUAUAAAGUCAUUGAAAAUAGUUUUAACAGUUUCAUUUUAGUCUUAUUUUCAUUGGCACCUUGGAGGUUUUGAAAUAAAGUUUUGUAUAGAAGUUUGGAUGUCGUGUCGAAUACAAGUUUACAGUAGCUAGAUGUUUUCUUAGAAUAUUCCAUAAAAUGGAUCAUAUUUAAUGGUGAAUGGAGAAUUUAGUGCUUUGUAAAUUUAUUUAGAACAAAUAGGAAAUUUAAAUGGUAUGAUUGAGCAGACUUCAGCGAUUUUUCAAUGCUCGUGUUUUCUGUUUAUCAAUGAGGUUAAAUCUGUUUUGUCAAUUAGAAAAAUCUUUAAAUAAUUUCUCAACAUAGCAAAAUGGUGUUCAGAAAGAUACAUGACUGCAUUAAAAACAUAAAACAUUGAAUCAUUUUUCAUUAUACAGUUCUUAAAAUUUUUGGUGAAAAUGAGUUGCUUUCCAUUUGCUGGUAGUUCUGCUCUGACACGUGUUCCCACGACGUGAACUCGAUUUAAUAUGAUUGAAUUGGGUAACACCUUUUUAUUAAUGGGUCACAUUAGAUCGGGAACUAAAGUACCACUUAAAUGUAACUUUGGAAAUUGACAGUGGAAAAGGCAGACUUGGUUAAAAAAUAAACCUCCCUGCAGUAAUCAAACUCCAUUGUCUCUUAAGAAUCCAGGCCCAAUUGUUAUCAUGCAACCUUCUCUAAAACAAGAUUUCUUGGGAACACAUAAUAGCGAAACUACCUGUACGGUAUUCACUUCCAUUGUAUUAAAGAAGCAGUUUCUAUAUUCUGGGCACCUAUUUAUGUUAUCUUUCAAUUAAUGGAGUAGAACUAUUGAUGCGAACGAUCAAUGUAAAAUAAAAUUUAGUUCUGCAAUAUGCUAA